GAAUAUCCAUCUUGGACGUUCAUACACCCUAGCUCGAGAGAAUUGUGACAUGAUAGUAUAAUCUCAAUUUAAUUUAAGUCUUAACCCGUCAAAGUGAUAUCGUUUAUUGGUAAUCAUUCAAGAAAAUGUCUCACCUUGACAAAUUGUGCAGAGAUAAUUAAAACGAAAUUUAAUGGUUUAGUUGUCUGUUUCAAGGGAAAUUGUGCAGAAGGAACGCCAUAGCUUACCAAGUCCACUCCUCAAUUUCCUUCGAUUCUCCCCAUGAACAUAACCCCAAGCUACCUUAAAAUAUACAUCAAUUUCAUCAAACUCUGCUAUUUACUAAAUAAAUUAAACACUGGCUCAUCGGAAGACGAAGAAGAUGCAUAUGAAGCUUGCAUUAAUGGCGGCUCUGUUGAGUGUUGGAUUUGCAGCGACCCCGACAAGUCAAAUAGCUUUGCCCGGCUGCCCCGAGAAGUGCGGAGAUGUCGAGAUUCCCUACCCGUUCGGCGUGGGCGACGAGAAAUGUUUCCUGGACGCCGGAUUCAAUCUCACCUGCGACGGAGAUUCGAAGCUCUGGACCACCCAGUUCAAGAACGAAGAACUCCCGACCACUCAAUCUCAAAUUUCCCGAAUUGACCCUGCGAAGGGGACGAUGGAGAUCCUGAUGCCGAUCUCCCGCCUCUGCUUCAACCGGACCGGCGGGACGGUGGCCGACACGCAGCCGCGGCUGGGAAUGGGGCCGCCGAGUUUCAGCGUCUCCGGCGACGAGAACAAGUUCUUCACCCUCGGCUGCAACACGUACGGCUACCUGCACAGCAGCAAGUCCCGCGACGACCCUCUGAUGCCCGGAUUCAGCUACUCAGUCGGGUGCAUUUCGCAAUGCGGGCACGGAGAACCGGACGACGUGGACGUCUGCUCCGGGAUCGGGUGCUGCAAUCUCACCGUUCCGGCGGGGAUGAGGAAAAUCCAGGCCGACGCCUACAGUUUCGGGUUCGAUUCGAAGGUGUGGGGCAACUGCAGCUACUCCUUCGUGGCCAAAAAUGGGUGGUUCAGAUCCAGUGUUGCCGAUCUGUCUGGCCUGCCCUAUAGCUCGUCGCUCUUGGUCGUCGACUGGGCGGUUGGGGAUGAGAAUCAGACGUGCGUCGGCGGCGGCGAUCGUCGGAAUAUUUGCGCCGGCGUCAAUAACACGGAGUGUGUCGAGGCCAAGACCAAACAAGGGUAUCAUUGUAGAUGCAGAGAUGGUUACGGAGGAAAUCCGUACCUUGGUUGUCAAAAUAUAGAUGAAUGCAAAGAAGGAACCAACUCUUGCCAUGGAAACGCGACCUGCAUCGACAUUCCCGGAAACUACACAUGUACAUGCAACAAAGGUUUUGAAGGAGAUGGGAGAAAGGAUGGAAAAGGGUGUGUCCCAAUAUCCCAUGGCAAUAAUACCUUGCUAGUCAUUUGUUUGACACAGAAGUCCAAGAUCUGCGACCAGAGCCAGGUGGCGCAGUUCAUCAACGAGGUUGUCGUCCUCUCCCAGAUCAACCACAGGAACGUCGUCAAGCUCUUGGGCUGUUGCUUGGAGACGCAGGUCCCUUUGCUCGUCUACGAGUUCAUCACCAACGGCACGCUCUCCGACCACCUCCACCGCGACGGCCACUCCCCCAAGAUGCCGUUCCCGACGCGCUUGAGAGUGGCGGCGGAGUCCGCAGGGGCACUUUCGUACUUGCACUCCGCCGCGUCCCCGCCGAUCAUCCACAGAGACGUCAAGACGGUGAAUAUAUUGUUAGACGACAGGCUGACUGCUAAAGUUGCCGACUUCGGAGCCUCGAGGCUCGUCCCUUUAGAACAAACUCAGGUAACGACUCUGGUCCAAGGAACGUUUGGGUAUCUUGACCCGGAAUACUUUCACACCGGGCAGCUGACAGAGAAGAGCGACGUGUACAGUUUCGGUGUCGUUCUCGCAGAGCUAUUGACGGGCCAGAAGGCGGUUUCCUUUGCCAGGCCAGAAGACGACAGAAACCUUUCGGCUUAUUUUGUUUCUGCUUUGAACUCUGGGAGGUUGGCUCAAGUUUUGGACCCUCACAUAGUUAAGGGAGUUGUGUUCGAGCGUCUGUUGGAAGUUGCGGAGAUUGCGAGGCGGUGUUUGAAUGUGAAGAGGGACGAAAGACCCAACAUGAGAGAAGUGGCGUCGGAGUUGGAGGGAGUGAGAAGUCAUCUUGAGAGGGAUGAUGACCACCCAUGGGGAUUGGGAGGAAAAGAUGAAAUGUCUUAUGAGGAGACGCAAUAUCUUUUGAAGGAAACAAAGAUUCUUAUGUCUUCUCCCGUUGGUAAUAAUGGUGGAGAUUCAUCCAUUGAUAGUGGUGAAUACUCUGGUUUGCAAAGCAUGGAUUUGAUUUCCAUGUCAUUGAUGAAAGGGGGAAGAUGAUAAUGGUUUUUUCUUAGCUUAUUAUAGUAGACUUGUAAUGACUAUUCAUUGAUGUGAAUUGCAUGUAAAUUCAAUAUCAUGAAUAGAUUGAUCUUGAAACAUGAUUUUGAAAUAUUAUACUUUUAUAAUAUACUCUACGACACGACGAUAUAUUUAUAUAUAAAUUGAUACUUAUUUUGUCCCGAAUUAAUUGUAUCAUUUUCCUCCUUAGUCCGUUACAAAUUAAUUGUUUCAUUUUUUUUACUUUUCUUAUAAAAUAAGGAAUAUAUGGUCAAUAUUCUA